CGUUGACGUGUCUUCUCAGGAGAGAAACGUCGGCUGUUGAAGCGAACGGCGCGGUUGCGUUGACUGGGGUCUGUCUGUCGGUCUUUUGUUAUCACUAACAUGGCCUACAUUAAAAGUGGAUGGCUGCUUCGACAAAGUACUAUUUUGAAGCGAUGGAAGAACAACUGGUUUGAUUUGUGGUCUAAUGGUCAACUCUUCUACUAUGAUGACCAGUUGCGAGUAGACAUGGAAGAUAAAAUCCACUUGAAAGUGGACUGUGUCAACGUCCGAUCUGGAUAUGAGUGCAGAGAUUUCCAGCCUCCAGAAGGAAAGUCUAAAGAUUGCUUACUCCAGAUUGUGUGCAGAGAUGGAAGAACUGUCAAUCUCUGUGCUGAAAGCCCUGAUGAUUGCUUGGCUUGGAAAAUUGCUCUUCAAGAUGCACGAACAAACUCAAACCUUGCUGUUGGACCUGAAGUUCUCAUGGAUGAUGCUGCUUUUGACUCUGCACCUCCACCCUACACAGCUUAUCCCACAGCACCGGCACAGGUCUACAGCUACGAUUCGUACAGUGGCACCUACACUCCACAGCCGCCUCCUGCGUCACAGCAAGUAAUCUACAUGCCCAACGGUCAGCCUUAUGCUGUGGCCUAUCAGUAUCCCUACCAAGGUCCUUACCCCCCAGCAACCAAUCAUGUUAUCAUUCAAGACCGGCGACGUGAUGAUGGAGACCUGGCACUAGGUGUGGUGGCAGGAGCUGCCACUGGUAUGGCACUGGGAUCAUUGUUCUGGGCAUUCUAGAACUUCUGAACAGCUGAAACAGUCUGCAGCUUGUGUAGCUUUCACUUCCCCAAUGGAGCCACUCCUUGCAAUUUGCACCCUUCAUAUAAUUUCUUAACACAUGCUGCCCUCAGCACUUGUUUAGUCUCUACAUUGCACCUUAACCUUGUUGAAGCAGUUCCUGAGAUCUGCAGUGAUGUUUCUGUAGCAAAAUAAAAGUGUGUUUAUAAUAUAUAUAUAUAUAUAUAUUGCAAGAUUAUAAUUAACUUAUUUCAGAAAUGCUAAGAAUAAAAAUAUCAUGUUUCUCUAAUUCUAAUUUUAUAACUUCCAAAAUUAUUGUUGAUUGUAUGAAAGAAAAGAACAAAGUAGUUGAGCAGGUGUGAUGUAGUGUGAUGCAGUUUACUUUUGAGCCUGAUUUUUAAAUUCCGCUUGAGAUAUUAGAAUGAAGAUUCUUGCAUAUCCUUGAAGUGCUCCUUUUGCUGUGCAGAUAAAACUGUUAAUUAUUACGCAAGCUUAAGAUAGAUGUGUGCCUAUUGCACAAAAUGUGAAUUGGGCCCAUUCUAGCUGUCAAUGAGACAGGUGAACAUUGAUGCUUUGGAAUAAAAUGCAGUUUCAAGCUACAUUACCAGAUUGCUUAGUAGCUAGUUAACAAGGUUCCUCAACUUUUACUCUAAAGUAUUGAAAAGUUAAUGCCACAGUCACAAAAUGGGUUUUCAAGACUCAUUUAUUUGAAUCGGGAAUGUUUGAAUAUCCACAUGCCUUUUGGAUAAGUAAGGUCCCAGAUCAAUCUGUUUGCUUGCUUCCAUUUAAUCUUUCUGCAGCUUUGACCCUUUCUCACUCUGUGAAUAGUGGGUUCACAGAUGUCCAUUGCCUAGAGCUUGAUGAUUGAUUCACCCGAUGUGAUGUAAUGUUUUGGAGACUGGAAAUUCUGCCGUUUCACUUUUCACUAAGUACCAGUUUGUUUCCUAUUUUUAAUUUAUUGCUUUGCUUAUAGAAUCUCAAUAUGUAUUCUGACGAUCUUUCUCUCUCGUCACUUGAAACCAACUCUUGGCUCCUUUUUUCGCAAUGCUGUCUAUAGCACCAUCAUCAAAUAUACAUGCCUUUGUCCGAUGCUUCAACCUGACAGUGAUUUGUGCUCAAUUUAUCCUUGAGGGUGCAGAAGCAGUAAAUACAGAAGUGAACUUAGCAGGAAUCAAUGGGCUGACAAUGAAAUUGAAAGAUUAGUGUGGUCCAGACAGAGAACGUGUGAAUACUUAAUCUGGGUGGUGAGGUAUUGAUUUCGUAUGUGUUUGAGUUUUUAAGAAAACUUACUUUGAAAUGAAGGACCCAUUUAAGUUGUUUCAGUACUGUAAACAGUCUCAUUUAUUGGCUGUGGAAAAGCCUACCAAUUACCAACAACAUACUUUUAAUUAUCAAGUUGGUAAGUUCCAAUUUUUUUUUAUUUUUGAAGUAUUUAAUUGCAGUCCCAUCUGGUCUAUAUGCAGUUCCAGUUCAUCUCUGGAGACUGACGAUACCCGUCCAUGCCUAAUAUUUUCCACGAGCUAUGAAAUACUAAUCUUCACCUACCCCCCGAGGAGAGAUCAUUGAGGUAUUAGAAGACACCUGUAUAUGGCCUACUAGAGUACUGUUGCAAAAAGUGCUUGAAAGAGGCAUGCACAAAGAAAAACUUUUAAUUGAAAGAGGAGAGGGGAAAAUUGUUUUCAAUUCAUCUUGCACUUGUAUUGACAACUUUAAAUUGCUUCUGGAUAAUUUGUUGUGCCUUUGGUUUUAACCUCUCUGUCAAAAUCAAAGUUUUAGUGUAAAAUGUUACAAUAAACUUUUUUUUGUCCAAAGUAGCCCACAAAUUCCAAUUAAUCAAUAAACCAGUAAAAUUGUAGCUGCAGUUUCAAUUUCAGCACCACCAGCUGUUACUGCGCAUUAUCCUCUUCAAGCAUACUGAUUUCACAAAUCCCUGGCAAGUUGGAGACUCCACAUGUGGCCUUGCGCCUGCACUUGUCUUCACAGCGUACUUGUGUUUAUAAUGGGAAGAUGGAGAGUAAAAGCUAACGAUUGAUCCAACCCAUUCUCUCUUCAUUGACAGGAAGGUGGGGUGUUGUAUAGUCAUUAAUCUUUGUGCAUUCUGAUAGUUUUGUUAAGGUUUCCUGUAGUUUUGGUUGAACUACGUGGAUAGGUCUUCAAGUCCAAAUGGCAAGCUUAGAUAGGAAAUCCGUGUCUAGCCUGAAGCACAGAACUUGGCAAUUUCUUUAUUCGCAACAUAGGAAGGGGUUUCAAAUUGCUCUCUGUUCUUAGCACUUUUACUCAGUUUACCAGUAUUAUAACCAAAGCAGGCAUGUCAGCUUUUCCUGAAGGAAAUCAAAUAUGAUCCCUAUCAAGGCAAAUUUGUUCCCCUCAAAGCAUCUGACUUCUUAGGAUGUGAAUGUGGAAACUGAAAGGAGACUGCAGUUUGACAUUGUUCAGCCUGAUUAAUGCAGAAGCCACAUUCCUUUUGUCACUCGAGUUAACCACCUGUUUUAUCUCAAGCUUGUCUUGUCUUAAGCCGUGCAUUGACUUCAUCAGUGAGGAAGGAUCCAAGUGAAUAUCCAUACUCUUGGCUUCUGCUGUUGACUCAACCUACACAAUGGUCAUUCUUUGGUUCUCCCAAGUAUGAUGUGGGUGGCAGGAUGGGCACUGUUAGUGGUAUAUUGCCGGAUAAAGGAAAGCAGUGCCACUGGGUUAGUGGGGUAAAGGGACGGAAUGUCACAGUUUGUUGCUCUUAAGGCAGAGCUUACACAAUGUUUAAUUGCUCAACAUCUCUCAACCCUUCCAGUCAGUUCUAUAAACUAAAAGACAGCAGUUAGAUGUGUUUUUAACAGUUGAGUUUAAGGUAGCAAUGAAAAUGUGACUCCAGUCUUCAUGUUACAAUAAUUUCUCUUUUGUAUAAUUUUCCAGUGUGCUCUGUAUUAUUCAGCAGAUUAAUAAUAUUGUCAAGACCAAGCAGUUUUUUGCCUUGUUAAAAAUGAUUCUUCAUAGCCUGUGAAGGAUCAACUAAUGGAUAUCUUUGGGGAGAAGGAAGAAAGUAACAAAUCAACAGAGGACAAUCAAAUCUGAAGCAUUGAAUUAUUGGAGGUGAAGGGGUAGGUCAGAUGCAAGAAUGGAAAAAAAAAAGCACAAGAUAGUGAGAGAAUGAAGGGAGCUCUGGGAAUCAGAAUAGAUUUUGGUUCUGAUUGGUGUCGUGAGUUAGGCAACACGGUGACGGGCAGUUCAUUGAAACAUUGUGAGUGAGCGUUAAAUGGUUUAACCUAGUAGCUGCUGGUUAUGGUUUUUAUUUUGUUUGUCAUACAGAUACUUGGCAAAGCAUCUUGUCCUGUGAAAUUACUAUGUUGUUGUGCAGACUUAAAAUUAUACUUUAAUCAUUUUUUUGAUCAGCUGCUAAAAAUGCUUUGAGAAAUUGUUCAAUCAGUUGCAGUGGGGUAAAUUAUAAAAUUUAUUGCUCUAUUACUGAUAGUACUAUAUUUCUGUGGAAUGUAAGUUUGUGUAAUUAAAUAAACAUUAUUGCCUUA